GAAAAUAUCAUGAACUUUUCUUCUUAUACAUAUAUACCUUGAUCGAGUUUGACGUGAUGUAUGAUCUGUGAUGUAUUUAAUGAAUAAUAACAAAUCUAGUGUUGCGUACGCAGUUUCAUUUUACUAAAUUUGUUAUUGUUUUAGCGAGCUUGUGAAGAUAUAACCUCUACGGUUUUCAAAAUGAGUAAGUACAGGAGGGAAGAAACCUCAAGUGAGGACAGUGACAGUGAAGAGGAACGUCGUAAAAAAGAUAUUAAAGAGAGAGAUAGCUUCGCUAGUCGUCUCAAAGCUAAAGAUGAGAGCAAAAUACGCAAAAUUGCUAUGCCUGCUGGUUCUGGAGCUGCUGAAGCGGCAAAGAGGCUCAAGAUUAUGGGGACCGACACUAGAGAGAAGCUGGUGCCAAAACUGCGCGUUGAGUCCCGUAGAAAAUAUUUGGAGAAGCGUAAAGAUGACAAAGUGGCUGAACUAGAGGCUGACAUUGUUGACGAUGAAUAUCUGUUUGAAGAAGAAAUCUUAACAGAGAGCGAGAAACGAGAGAGAGCUCACAAGAAACAGAUAUUGCAUCUGGCGAAGGAGCAUGAGAAAGCCAGGGAGAUUGAACGCAUCCAGCGGUAUCAUAUACCUCUCGAAAAGGGCAAGGUGGAACCAGAACCCGAUGUGGUGGACAAGGAGCCACCGCAGUCAGAACAAAGCAAAUGGGAAUCGGAUCAGAUGUCGUCAGCUGUUUUUCGUUUUGGAGCCAAAGAUAGGAAAGCUCAGCAAGAGUAUGAUCUUCUCAUGGAUGAUGAGAUAGAAUUUGUUCAGGCGCUACGUAUGCCCGGGCAUGAUAAGGAUAAGAAACACGAGGCAAGCCCACCGCCGCACGUUAAGACCUUGCAAACGAUACAGGAGACAAAGAAGAGUCUGCCUAUCUAUCCGUUCAGAAAUGAUCUCAUUCAAGCUAUCAAGCAUCAUCAGGUUUUGAUUAUAGAAGGUGAAACGGGAUCGGGGAAAACCACGCAGAUCCCGCAAUAUCUGUACGAAUCUGGAUUUGCAGAGGACGGCAAGAUCAUUGGGUGCACGCAACCGCGGCGAGUAGCAGCGAUGUCCGUGGCCGCGAGAGUCGCCCACGAAAUGGCCGUCAAGCUGGGAAACGAGGUCGGCUAUGCCAUUCGUUUUGAGGACUGCACGUCGCACCGUACCCGCAUUAAGUACAUGACCGACGGUACGUUGCACCGAGAGUUUCUCAGUGAACCUGAUCUGGCAUCGUACAGCGUAAUGAUAAUUGACGAGGCGCACGAGCGCACUUUGCACACCGACAUCUUGUUCGGACUGGUGAAAGAUAUUGCGAGAUUUCGUCCCGAUUUGAAGCUACUGAUAUCAUCGGCUACGUUGGAUGCCACCAAGUUCAGCGAAUUCUUCGAUGACGCUCCGAUAUUUAGGAUACCUGGUCGCCGUUUCCCCGUUGAUAUUUACUACACGAAGGCGCCCGAGGCUGAUUAUAUCGAUGCAUGCGUAGUCUCAAUCCUUCAAAUACACACGACGCAAUUGCCUGGUGAUAUACUGGUUUUCUUGACCGGACAAGACGAGAUCGAGACGUGCCAGGAAAUGCUGCAGGAGAGAGUGAGAAGACUGGGAAGUAAAUUGGCGGAACUUCUCAUUUUACCCGUCUACGCAAAUCUGCCGAGCGACAUGCAGACGAAGAUUUUCCAGCCGACACCGCCCGGAGCGAGAAAGGUUGUGCUAGCUACCAACAUAGCGGAGACGUCGCUGACUAUAGACAACAUCGUGUACGUGAUAGAUCCAGGAUUUGCCAAGCAGAAUAACUUUAAUUCGCGCACGGGCAUGGAAAGCCUGAUGGUCGUGCCUAUUAGCAAAGCGUCCGCGAAUCAACGAGCGGGUCGAGCGGGUAGAGUCGCGCCUGGAAAGUGCUUUCGGCUGUACACAGCCUGGGCAUAUCAGCAUGAGCUCGAAGACAAUACUGUGCCUGAAAUUCAGAGGAUUAAUCUCGGUAACGCAGUACUCACUUUAAAGGCCCUCGGCAUCAACGACCUGGUGCACUUCGAUUUCCUAGAUCCUCCGCCACAUGAGACGCUAGUUUUAGCACUGGAGCAGCUGUACGCGCUGGGCGCGUUGAAUCAUCGCGGAGAAUUAACGAAACUCGGGCGUAGAAUGGCCGAGUUCCCGCUCGAUCCGAUGAUGGCGAAGAUGCUGCUGGCCAGCGAGAAAUAUCGUUGCUCCGAAGAGGUGGCGACCAUCGCGGCCAUGCUGUCGGUGAACGGCGCAAUCUUUUAUCGGCCAAAGGAUAAGAUUAUACAUGCGGAUGCUGCACGGAAGAACUUUCACGUACCUGGCGGUGAUCAUCUCACUCUGCUCAACGUGUACAAUCAGUGGGCGCAGAGCGACUUCAGUACGCAUUGGUGUUACGAAAAUUUUAUACAACACAGAUCCAUGAAACGCGCGAGGGAUGUUAGGGAACAGCUGGUGGGCCUGAUGCAACGCGUAGAGAUGGAACUAGUCUCAGGGAUUGCGGAAACAAUUAAUAUUCGAAAAGCUAUUACGGCUGGAUAUUUUUACCACGUGGCGCGCUUGUCGAAAGGAGGCCACUACAAGACUGCAAAACAUAAUCAGACAGUCGCGAUACAUCCGAAUAGCUCCCUGUUCCAAGAACUUCCGCGUUGGCUGCUUUAUCACGAGCUGGUUUUUACUACCAAGGAGUUCAUGCGUCAGGUAACGGAAAUAGAAAGUAAAUGGUUAUUGGAAGUGGCGCCUCAUUAUUACAAGCCUAAGGAACUGGAAGACUCGACCAACAAGAAAAUGCCGAAAGUUGCCGGCAGAUCACAACCAGACGGAACCAAUUAAAAAGACGAUUUUCGCACUACUUCUUCAUUGUAGUUAAAUUAUAUUUUGUACAUACCCCGUUUUUACGGUGUAUAAAUAAAGUAGAAACAUUACUCAUUUUCAA